CCCGCCUGUGCCGGAGGUCACUGCUUGGGCAUCCUCGGUGAAGUUGCCGUGCUGUGUUUUUAUUCUGCUACCCUGCGGACGGGCCGUUGCCCGCGUAGGCCUCGGAGUUUGUGUUUCAGCCACAGAAUGUGCAGAAGCUCCCGUGGGCUUCCCUUCCUUUUCAAAAGUUGAACCGUUUUUGGAAAACGGCCUUUGGUAGUGUUCGCAGUGUGCUGCUUAAUGGCAGAGCUGCUAGAAGUGCUGUGUUCCCUUAGACUCUGAAGAAACCUGGCGCAGCGCAGGGUGUUAUGGCGAGAAUCAAGAAGAGUUGGCCGGAGAGCCCUCACGUGGGAAGAGAGAGGCAUUGUAAAAUGUGUGGUUCGUGCUUAUUUGUGCAAAUCCUGCAUAAACACACACAUCCUGCGUGUGGGGACAGAGACGGUGGUUACGCAACCACGAAGCUCACGGCGCGGCGCCCGUCUCAGUAGGACUGAAGUCAGAGUGGAGGAGGGAGGGUCGCUUUUAGCUCUGUGGUUGAAGCCGGCUUCUCGUCCGGGGUUUGAGAAAGCAGGAUAACUGUGGCUGGCAGCAGCAGAAGGCCUGCCCCCUGGACGUCGAGCCCUUGGAAGAAGCAGCGGUUCCCUGUUUUGUGUCUCCGCGCUUAGGGGAGUGUUGUUGGCCUUAGAGAAAAUGAUGCAUCCUGUUGCCAGCAGUAAUCCAGCUUUCUGUGGGCCUGGCAAGCCUUCCUGCCUCACAGAAGAUGCCAUGAGAGCCGCCGAUCAGUUUGACAUAUAUUCCUCCCAGCAAAGCAAGUACAGCCACACAGUCAGCCACAAACCCAUGGUCUGUCAGAGGCAAGACCCGUUAAAUGAAACACACUUGCAGACUACAAGUGGCAGAAGCGUAGAGAUAAAAGAUGAACUAAAGAAAAAGAAAAAUCUCAACCGAUCUGGUAAGCGUGGCCGGCCUUCGGGAACCACCAAAUCAGCAGGAUACCGGACCAGCACAGGCAGACCCCUGGGGACCACCAAAGCAGCUGGAUUUAAGACAAGUCCAGGCAGACCUCUGGGUACGACUAAAGCUGCAGGAUACAAAGUCAGCCCGGGGAGACCUCCAGGUAGCAUUAAGGCUCUGUCCCGGCUCGCAGAUCUCGGCUAUGGCUGCGGCACCGCUGCCUUUCCUUACCCGAUGAUGCACAGCAGGGCAGUUCAUGGGGUGGAGGAGGCCAGCAGUGAGGUGAAGCCUUCCGAUGAGUGAGUGAGGCAGGAGAGGAGGGCCAGGUGCAGAAGGAAGGUAGUGCAGGAUCCCAAAGCUUCUUGGUUUCAUGUUGACAUCAGUGAUUUUACAGCCUGGGCUUUCCAAAUUUGUAUGCCUGUUUGAUUUUCCCCUGCUUUUUCCCAGAAGCUGCUGUCUGCAGACAGAGGCCGUCAGGGCAGGAGUAGGGCACUGUGUGUGUCCAUGGGCUCAGAUGUGACACCAGCUAAACCAGUCCUCUCUUCCUUUAGUGUCAUGAUCGGGUCCCAUGUUUCAUUGCUUCUUUUGGGCCAUUCUGAAUAGUUGCUUUGUGUGCUGAACAACUGAAACCAUUAUACUUAUUAGUUUGGGAAAUACAUCUGCAGUAUAAUGUACAAUCUAAAGUAUUUUUAACUGAUGGAGCAGAAAAGCAAACUAGCGAUUCAGGAUUGCUUGAGGUAAUGGCUGUGCGUUUUUGUAACCCUUAUUUUCAAUGGACGGGACACAGAUACUUGUAUGCUUUGGCAUUUUAGUAGUCUUCACAUGUUUAAAAAACUUACUUUUAGCGCUCUAGGUUUAAGCAGUUAUUUAUUCAUCUUGUGGCAUUAAUCGAUUUGAUCCUUAUUCCUAGGAGAACCCUUCAGUGCUUACCUUUCAGCAUUGAUAGGUUAUUGCGUUUUGGGAUUGCCUAAGAGCAUGUAUACCAAACGCCACAAUCAGUUAACAUUUACAAAAAAUUUAAGCUUUUAUAAAAACUGCACAUUACAUUUUUGAUGAAAUACAAUGCAUUCUGAGAGUAGUAUGUUUAAUAUAACUGACAUUCCUGAGGUCUGCAUGUAACUAUAGUCACUGUGUUUUUUUUUUCAUAUAUUUAGUGAGUUUUAAAGUAUGUUUAAAAAUAUAUAUUAGUGUUGCUCAUUUAUUUGAAAUGUUUUUUGGUUUUUCUGAGAAAUCAUCCCAUUGCAUUAGCACUUACUGUUUCAGGUUUAUAUCUACCAAAGGACUCAAGUUGUUACGUAGGCUGUAAAACUGAUGUAAACCGAAUGCAUUUUGCCGACCAUCAGAACCCAGAUAUGAAGAAAUAUACAGAAAUUCAUCUAUGCAUGAAAUGUGAAAAAUAUGUUGGUUAAUUUAACUAAAAAAUCCUGUUGUGACUCCUGGGAGACCACUUCAUCUAAAAAAAAGUCCCCCUGCUGCCCCCAGUAAUGUUUGCUUUAGAAGCAAGACAGAAAAGGAAAAAUAGUAUUUGCUAGAUGUGUAUGCUAGGGACAGAGGGAAACCUCUCCUCCUUCCUUUCUGAAAGUAAUACUCCGUGUUAAUACUCAUUUUAUUUAUUCUGAGUUUGUUCUGAAGAAGAUAGGAACUUGGGAUUUGAACAAUUUCUGCUGCGUUAUAAUCACGCUGUUCAUACUAGGAAUUUUAAAUGCCUUUGAGAUUAAAAUGUAGAUUUGAAGGACCCAAAAACUUAAAAAUAAUUAAGUUGUGGAAGGGCACAUAAUGUAUUGUUUGGGCUUGCUCCCAGCUAAUGCACACUCUGUUUGCAAAUGGAUGUCAUGCUCCAUACCUUUUUUAGCAGGAAGAACGCAGCAAGCCUGCAGGUGUCCCAGUGAUGCCUGACACAGUGAGCUGGACUUACGCUGCUCUUUACAGGAAGAGGUGUUGCAUUGUGCCUGGGCGCGGUCGCCUCAACGUUGGCUUUGCACAAGCAAACCGUAGAGAACAUGUUGGGUGACUAUGUAAUCAGUUCUAACAUUCUGGCAGCUAAAUUGCUACAAGAGUUACUUCUUGCAGAAGCUUAAAAUGUAAACUUUUAAUAUUUCCUCCUAACAGUAUAACUUCUGGCAUACACAGAUGCUUUCAUUUUACUCAUUUGUUCAUCUGCUCACUUUUCUCCCGUGUGUGUCAGCUAGCUGUUUCUCGAGGUGAUGCUCGGAGGUCCUCUCCUGAGGCGGUUGUUUGCGCACCCUGCCGCAGGGUGAUGCACAGACACACCGUGUCGGAGAUGUGGCUGCAUGUUGUAUUUGAUAGGAAAUCCAUUCCCCUUCCGGUUUGCUUUCAGUCCUGAGUUUGUUAUUCAUACUCAUUUUCUGCCCUACGUUCAUCCCCCUCUCCCCACCCUCCAGCACGUCUACUCAGUGGUGCUGUGCUGUGUCAGGAGACAAAGCAGGUGUAUUAUUGUAUAAUGAAUUUUGUAUACAUGUUUAUGAAAUGGUGGAAUCAGCUAAAGGGAGUUUGUUCGUAACAGUGUAUAUUGUUAAGAGCUGUGGGGGGGGGUGAAUGGCUACAGUUGUGAAUGAGUAACAUCCUUCAGACAGCUGGAUUCACUGUUGCUGUGAGCAGUUACCUGAGCUGGAGUGUUAGCUGUAUACACUGGUGAGCAUCUCCUGUCCACUUAGCUUUUCUUCUUAUGAACAGUUCCCUGGUGCCAUGCUGAAGAGAAGGACGUCUAAGCGAUGAUAUGAAUGAAGUCUUCAGAUAUAAAAUAUUUUUACUUCUAUAUAAUCGAAAGACCACAUUGUGCAUCUUUUGUAACACUGUCUCUUGUCAUGAUAAACACUGAAAUAGCAUGUUAAACAGUUGCCUAUACUUUAAUAUAAUCAAUGGGGAAAACUCGCCGUCCCCUCCCACUAUAUGAUUGUUCCUUGAGAGGUAAAUUGCUAAUUUUAUACUGUGUAAUUCUGUCUUUACCAAAUAGGUUUCACUAUUCUAUGUUAAAACUGUUGGUCAGAAAAUGGUCUAUUCAAGUAAGUUUGCUUUACUUUUUUCUUUAAAAAAUAUUUUAACAUGCCUUAUUUAUUAUUCUUAUAUUAACAAAUAAGGAACUAAUACAGAUGAAAUUUUCGUUUUUUGACAGAUAUAACUUUGCAUAACUGAUCUUUAGUAUGGGAUGAUUUUGAUACUAUCUUUGGAGUUUUGCACUGGAUAUUAAAAAAAUACAUUGGCACCGUGUAUUACAAGAAAAUAAGUAGUAUCUGGUUUAAUUUUUAAUAUUUGGGAACUUUUUUAAAUCACUGUUUCAAUUAGACUAAGAAUUCUUUAUAUUUUUAUUUACUUUUUAAAAGAAACAUCUGUCAAAGUAAUCCUCAUUCCAAACUGGUAUUUAUGCGAAUUUGCAUAUAUAUUUUCACAAACUAAGAAUAGAGUUUUUUGAGUUAAGAAAGGGGAAAACAUCUGGAUCCAUUUAUUAGGUUAAGAGUGAUCCAUCUGGUGUUAAAAAUAACCGCAGUGUGUGAACUACAGAAAAAAAAAUUAAACUUGUUUAUAUUCUAGGAAGCUGUAAAAGAACACUUCAGGGGUUGCGGAUGGUAACUGUUAGUCAUUGUCUCUAUAUGCAGUGAAAUGUUAGGAUCCCUUGCUAGUGAACUAGGAGAAUUCACAACAGUUACUCAAAACAGUUUUUUCCUUGGACAUGAUAAAUUGUGAUGCUAUUUUUUUUUUUUAAUGACUUAACUAUAUGCUCUUCAACUCUAGGAUGUAUCUUGAUCUUUCCAUUGCUUUUUGCCCCUCCUCCUUUCAGGUAGACAAACUGUGCUCUCACAUAUUAUGUGUUUAUUUUUUUGGAGAGUUUAAUGCUAUAGUAAUUCAAGUGUGUGAUUUAAAAUAAUCAGUUCACUUUGAUUCUUUAAGUUUUCACAAUUUCCUUUUCACAGAUAAUUAUGGAGAAAGAUAAUUACUGAUUAACUGGUAAUAAGCACGCUGUCCUCUGCUGUAAAGAGUCUGAAUAGAUAACUGUAUGUUAUGUCCAUGAACUCGAGCUACUCGUGUGCAAUUAUGUGUAUGGGAAUGGAGUAGUGUUCAUGAUUUGUAUCUACAUCAUCAUAUGGAUGUAUAUUUAUUAAUAAAGUCACUACUUUAAAACCAA